UUUGGUGAUUUUAAAUUUUUAGUUACAGUAGUCGUUUUGGUUGUGCGUGAAUGAGUUAUCAUUUAUGCACUUUUUUCUGCCAGAAACAGUCAGGCGCUAGCCCAUAGUAAUUAUUGUUCCUUAGAGUUGAUUCGUAAAGUUUGGGACGGCUAACUAAAUACUCGGAUCACACAAUGUUGACAACUUCCAUCAGCACUUCUAGCUCCAUGAAUACGCUGGCCGAAAAGAAGCCAGAAUCUGAAAAUCAAUGGUCUGCCAUUCUGAAUGAAGUACGCGCGAGCGCCACAAACCGUAUGGUGGAGAAAAACCUUCUAGUGUUGGGCGACAGAGAAACAGGGAGAUCUCAGUUGUUGGCUAAGCUUCUUGGUAAAGAUCAUAUUGCACCUUCCGGUGUUGGACUGGAACAUGUCUGCGUUCCUGUCAAAGAUGACGAACGCGAAGAUUCAACCCAGCUCAAUGCUUGGAUACUUGAAGAAGAAGAAUAUGCUCAGAAUUUGCUUCCGUUAGCAUUUAACGAAAAGAAUUUCGAUAAAACAGUUGUCUGGUUGGUCGUUAGUAUGACAAAGCCGUGGAACAUGAUACAGAGUUUGGAUAAAUGGAUGCGUAUUCUAUCAGCAGCAAUCGAUCAAAUGAAAAUUGACCCAGUUGUCCUGAAGCACCAUCGUGCAAAUGUGGAGAAGAUGUUCAAAGAAUAUGUGGAUCCUACCACGGCAAAGUCCAUUGGAGUUGACAAAGAUUCUGAUCUUCCUCUAGGAGAAAAUACUUUAAUUUGUAAUUUAGGAUUGCCGAUAAUUGUUGUUGUUACCAAGGCUGACCAUACAAGUGUAUUGGAAAAAGAAAUGGAUUACAGGGAAGAAAAAUUUGAUUUUCUUCAAAUGCAUCUCCGAACAUUGUGCUUGAAAUAUGGUGCAGCUCUUAUAUUUACAUCAGCCAGAGACAAUAAGAAUAUAAAACAUUUGCUUCGUUAUACGGCUCAUAUUCUCUAUGGAUUAAAAUUUGACGAAGAAGGCUUGGUUUUGGAUCGGGACUCUGUAUUCAUCCCGAUAGGAUGGGAUAACGAGAAAAAGAUCAACAUUCUAUAUGAUAAUCUGGGAGACAUUCAGCCCACUGAUCCCUUCGCUAAAAUCAUUACAGCACCCCCACCACUUGCUAAGCAUGGUGCUGCAGAUAUGGGAUCGCAAGCGGAAGAGGAUCAAGAAUUUUUGAAACGUCUACAACAUGCUUUGCAACAGCCGGUCCCAUCGCGGGUCGAAGGGUCUCCCGCACAGAAGCAGAUGCGGGCAUCGCCGGCACAAGCGUCUCCGAAGAAGACUGACGGUCCGCGUGGCAGCUUAGGUGCCGGCGGUGCGAAUGAAAGCGCAUUAACCAGCUUUUUCAACACACUGCUAAAUAAGAACAACAAGCCCGGUUCUCCUGCAGCGGCUGCAGCACGAACCAGUUCUCCAUCGAUGGCGCACGUGGAUGCCGCUUCGGAGUUGGAGCGACUGAGCAAAGGCCGACAAACGCCUCCUCCGACAUCCCAACAGCAACCGGAGAAUACCAAUCCCGAUAAUCAAUAGAAUCUGAUGUGACACUUUGCUAAAUAUCAACAAUGUCUCCAGUGUUUGCUUUGUAUCAUCUCCUGCGCUUCGGCUGCUUUGGUGGUGACCGAUAUGUUUCCUUAUUGCACGUUGAUCUUUUUGUAAGGUAUAAUGGGCAUUAGGCGUUGAACAUUUGGAAUUCAAAACGAUUUCUCCGGCAUGAUGACUUUUUAUUUGUAUUGAAAAUCACAAUUGUUACUUCUUUUAAAACAGAUUUUAACGCGGUUAUCGUUGUGUAGCACUUAAUUAAAACCGGAAGUAACGGCACAAAUGUCGCUCUGCAUUGGAGAACCGUGU